AUGCACCCUCUCCGAUCCUUCGCCCCGACGCUCCACGCUCCUUCCGACGACGCCGACGCCGCGCCGCCACCACCCCCACCGCCGUUCUCCGCGUCCUCCUCCGCCGCCGGCCCCCACCAUCCGCCCCCGCCCUCCUUCCACGCCCGCGCGCUCCUCCCCGCCGACUACGACUACACGCGCUCGUGCAUCCCCCACCUCCUGCCCGGCAUGGACCCCGCCGCGGUCGACUUCCGCACCUUCUACCCUUACAUCCCCAACGAGGUCAAGCACCGCAAGCGCACCACCAAGGCCCAGCUCCGCGUCCUCGAAGACACCUUCGCGCGCGACACCAAGCCCAACGCCGCCCUCCGCAAGAAGCUCGCGGCCCAGCUCGAGAUGAGCCCGCGGGGCGUCCAGGUCUGGUUCCAGAAUAGACGCGCAAAGGAAAAGCAGCUCGCGAAGAAGAUCGCCGAAGGCAAGAUCCCCAACUCCAAGUCCGCCGCGGCACUCGCCCUGGACCUCGACAGCGGCGCCGACGCCGACCUCGACUCUCUCUCGGACGGCGCCGGCGCCGGAGACUCCCCCGCCUCGCGCCGCGGCAGCGUCGCCAGCAUCGCGCUCCCCACCGCCUCCAUCUCCAUCUCCCCGCCCACCGCGGACCUCCUCCACCCGCAGCACCCGCACGGCGCGGUCGCCAUCCCGCCCUCGUCGCCGUGGCCCGGCUCGCUCGAGUCCUCGCCGGUGCACACGCCGUCGCCGCCGCUCUCCGCGCUCCGCCGCGGCUCGCUCCCCGCGAUCGUCUACCCGCCGCAGAGCCCGUACGCGGACGAGAACGCGCCGCGCCACCACCCCGCGUGGGCCGACGCGCUCGGCCGCCGCCGCUCCGUCGACGCGUCGCUGCACCGCCUCGCCGCGCACCCGUACGCCCACCUCGCGCGCGCCGCGAACGACAAGGUGUUCCAGCCUCAGCACCAGCCGCACCUCCUCGCCAUCCCGCCCUCGCGCGGGUUCCACCAGCAGCAGCAACAGUUCGACGACGCCUGGCACGCGCAGGGUGGGAGGCCGAUGCUGCAUCACCGCGCGUCGGUCCCCGUGGCGAUCCCGCCGCCGGUCGCGCCCGUGCUGGAACAGCGCAGGACGAGCAUCGCGGCGUUUGGAGGGCACGGGUCGGGGUCGGGGUCGUCGUCGUCGUCCAGCCCGGACGGGCUCUCGAGCCGCACGCGCAUGCUCGAUCCGGAAGUGUACUUUCACCACGAGCAGCAGCACCAGCACCAGCAUCAGCAUCAGCAUCAACACCAGCAUCAACACCCCGGCCAUCUGCAGCAGCAGCAGCAGCAGGCGAUGGUGGUGGGGGAGGGACCGAUGGACCUCGGUCAGGGCCCGCUGCCGGCGCCGGACUACCACUUUGGGACGGCGACGACGACGAUGACCUCCGCCUCCGCGGUGGACGACUCGGAUUUGGCGGCGAUGCAGAGCUGGACGUUCGGGUCUGCCGCGAGCGGAGGAGGAGGAGGAGUAGGAAGUCAGGAGGCGACGACGAGCGAGGACUCGGACAGCGCCGCGAGCGACGGGCUCUUCAGUCGCGGCCGGUUCGGGAGCUUUGCGAGCGAGGCGAGCUGCUCGACGAGCGCGACGUCUGCCGGGAGCGGCGGCGCGGAAGCGGUGAAGAUCGAGGCCGAGUUGGAUUACGAGAGGAGGCUGUCGACGGCGUCGUCGUUCGCGGACGAGUUCCAGACGCUGCAGGUGCAAGGGCAGCAGGAAGGGCCCGGAGGAGGGAGGAGGUACUCGCACGACGCGACGGGGCCGCCGCCGGCUUCUUCUUCUUCUUCUAUAUUGACCUCCUCGGACGGCUCGCCGAACGCGAACGGAGGAGGAGGCGGCAGGUCGGGGAGCGGGAGCAGCGAGCACACGUGCGCGUACCCGUCGCCGUCGUCGACGGUGUCGGCCGGGCAGAGUCCGCGGGCGCAGAGCGCCGAGGCGGGGGGCGCGGGGGGGUCGAGCGAGCUCGCGCUCGCGUUGUCGGUCGAUCAGGCGCAGAUGCGGAGGCCGAGCUUCGACGCGGGCAUCGCGCCGGGUACCUCCCCGGGCUCGGGCUCGUCGUCCUCGCCCGACGUCGGCCCCGGACCGAUGUACUCUCCUUACGCGCCGCUACGGCACGAGCAGCAGCAGCGGUCGUUGUACGCGCACGCCGCGUCCUCGUCGUCUUCCGUGGACCUCGGCGUCGGCGUCGGCGUGCCGCCGGACUUUGUGGGGGUGCCCUACUUGGACCCGGGCGUGACGCCGAAGGACGCCCGGUUCGCGUUUGAGCAGCAAGGCGAUCAGCAGCAGCAGCAGCAGCAGUACGCGCACCAGGGUCUGUAUGCGCCGUUUGGCGCGCAGGAAGCGAUGGAGUACGCGGCGUCGUACGCGUGAUUGUUGUUUUGGUCCGCCUCGGGCCCCCAGCGCCCUUCUCCCUCCCCUCCCUCUCCCUCCCUUUGAUACGGACUUUCGGCCUUCCCAACUUCGGACACAAGCCUUGGCGCGCCGCCCACCCGAACUCGCAAACCGUGUAAACAACGCAUAACAACACGCGCAUAUAGCAUCUCUCUCGCCUCGACCUCCCGGAUUUAUCCUUUACCGCUUCCUGGAUCAUCAUCUCUGGCUUUUUUCCGUUGAUUAUUUGUCACAUAUCGUCCAUCGGGUGUCCGUCCCUUUUCCUUCUUCCUUUCCUUGCUUUCGGUCUCUCGCCAAUGUGUUAUUAUUAUCCCCUGAAAAAACUUUGCUUUUUUUCGUCGCGACCUUUUCCUUCCGUUCCACGCGUAACGAUACCGGUAUCCCUGUGCUCCACCGCCGCCGCCAUACUUUACAUCAAUCCCACCGCCCCAGCGCCCCUUCUCCCCCCCCUGUAAUCUGCCCGAACUCGUACCCGGAUUCACGCUCACGCUCCUGUCACACGCAAACCACAAACACACCAAAC